GCUGAUUUGAUAUCAAAAAAGAAUUUCGGUUAUUUAAAGAAGAGUGAAUUAUUAACUGUGUUAAUAAUAUUUAUAUCUAACAUCACUAUAAGCACUUCAUGUGCAUUAUCUUGAUUUAAGCCUACCAGUGGUCCUGUGAGAGAUACUGUUACGCCCACUUUACUGGCUAGGGACAUGGAGCCCAGAAACUUACGGAUUUCUGUUGUUGAUGCUGAGCAUUGGACCAGAGUUUUGGUAGCAUGGAAGUAAUGUUACUUCUUUCUUACUCUUCCCCCACCCCACCCAAACUCAUUCAUUCUUGUCAUUUUUUACUUUAUGGGACAAUUUUGUCAGACUUCUUUGUUUCCAGAGGUCAGAUUUAGUUGUCAAGGUGGAUUUUCUAUACUCUUUCCCCAUCUUCCAUAUUUUUCUAUGUAUAUAUUUUUUCAAGUUUAUACAGUUCAGCAAGUUAAAUAGUUUGUCAGGGAUUGUUCAAACGAAUUCUCAGUCCCCGCCUUCAUUCCCCUUUCUCUGAGGUAGCUAUCCUCAACUCUUAGCUGUUUGGGAUUUACCUGUGGGUUUUUAAGUAAUAUCGUUGACAUACUGACAUUACCUGACUUUUCAGUUGAGGGGAUAACUUGUGUAUAGGAAUUUCUGGGUCAUUAUCACCACUAACUCAACUCAAAAAUUUCUACCAGUUGCCCAAAGUUCUGUUUUCUCUCACAUCAUUUAUUCUGUUAGCGUCGUCAUCUUGAAGAAAUGCCUCCCAGGGCAAGGUGCUCUGGUGUGGGGUAGCUUCUAUUUUCUGAGAGCCCAGCUAUCAUUCCAGGGGUUCUCUUUUCUUUUGUGUUGGAUCUUCUAUUUCUUCUCUCCUGAGUUGUCUUCUUUCCCGGUUCACUCCCACAUUUCACUGAAGAAAGGGAAUAGGAACAUAUUACUCGAUACGUUGCAUGUCUGAAAGGGCCUUAAAUUUUCUCUCAACCUUGAUUAAUAGUUUGGCUGUGUAUUAUUGUCAGACUGGAAUCAUUUGCUUUCAGAAUUUUGAUGAUUUUAUUCCACUGUCUUCUAGCUUAUACUGUGGCUGUUGAAAGUUUGAAAUCAUUAACUCCUCACCCAUUGUAACCUAUUUUUCCAUCUUGGGAAGCUUGUAGGAUUUUCUCUUUGUUUCUACUGCUUUGACAUUUCAAAAAGAUAUGCUUUAGUAUAAGUGUACUUUUGUAAUCCAUUAUGCUGUGCAUUCUGUGUUUUCAGACGGGAUCGGGUACAUUCAGGGUGGUAUGGUCAUAGACGGCAUUCUGUAUUUUCAGUUAGCAAACUUACAUUAGUUAACUUGGGGACAUUUUCUUGAAUUAUUUAAUUGACUUUUUUUUCCUCUAGAGCCUCUACUAUACAGAUAUUAAAUUAUCUUGACUGGACUUCCAAUUUCCUUAUUUAUUUAUUUAUUUAUUUAUUUAUUUAUUUUUAUUAUCAUCUAUUUUAUUCUCUAUUCUUUCUGAUAAGUUUCCCUAAGUUUAAUUCCCAAGGUCUCUUUUAUAUUAUUAAAAAAAAAUUUUUUUUAAUGUUUAUUUAUUUUUGAGACAGAGAGAGACAGAGCAUGAACAGGGGAGGGGCAGAGAGAGAGGGAGACACAGAAUCUGAAACAGGCUCCAGGUUCUGAGCUGUCAGCACAGAGCCCAACGUGGGGCUCGAACUCACGGACCGUGAGAUCAUGACCUGAGCCGAAGUCGGACGCUUAACCUACCGAGCCACCCAGGAGCCCCUCCCAAGGUCUCUUGUAAAAAGCAUUGUAUUUUGGAGGUGCCUGGCUGGCUCAGUUGGAAGAGAUUGAAGAUACAAGGAAACCUAAAUGAACCAAACUCCAGAAAGUAAUGAAAGCUUCACACUAGAGAAGAAACCCAUUGCUGCUCUGGGAUAGAACAGCCCACAGAGGAGGAACCUUCCAGCAGCAGAUGAGGGGAGAGGAGAAACCAGCCACACUUUGGCAGGGUGGGCUGGUGCGGGCUGGUGUGGAUGGGCUAGUGUGGAUGGGCUAGGAUCCUGAGGAGCCCCGGCUGCUCUUAUACCAAAGGGCAAGUCUGCACCUGGCCCCAGCUCUCACCUACAGGUCUUCCCUGAAUGCUCAGGGGUAAUGAACCACACCCCUGGACCAAGUAAGUGAAGCUGACAGAGACCCUACCCGAGGCCCACAGAACUCCCCCUAGUGCACAGCAACUACCCUCAGCAAGCAGGGGGUUGACCUGGAGAGAUGAGAGAAACUCCCCAGAAGCACCCCAGGUUUUCAGUUAUGGAGGAGGGCUGAAAGCAGGGAAACAGCUGGAGAUGACCUCCCCCCAAGAGUCUGGAACUACUCUAAUGGAAAACUCGAUGCUUCCAGUCCCCAAGGAAUGGGGACGGGGCAGGAGAGGUGAGAGAAACUCCUCUAAUUCAUUCCAGGCUUUCACACAACGUUGGAAGCUGCCCUCCAAAAGGAAGGCUGGGGAGGAAGAACAGGGUUGAGAGAGAUCACGUGUGCUGCGGAAAGCAAGGUGUGGGACUGGAAAGUAAAGAAAAUUCCCUAACAGAUGGGAAAAUCUGGCAGUCAUGCUUAAAGCAGAGAAAACUAUGAGUGGAAGAUCUCAAGUCCACAUUUUUUGGGGUGCCCCAGGUGGUCCACUGAACAUGACAAUGUCACAGGAGCGAACUUCUUUAAUAUCCGAUGAUGACCCCUGGAAAAAAAUUCAGCUUUUAUACAAUCACCGUUCUUUACAUCCAAGGGAUGAAAAAGGCAUGCACGAAACUCUUGAAGACUAUCAAGUCCUAGAAGCUGUUGGCCCUCCAGAUCUCCCUCGUGGUCAUUUUUUAACAAAGGCGAUGAAUGAACCUGUUCAUGUGAAAGAAGACUUUACACAUUGUAUUUCUGAAACGGAGACUGGAAAAUCCCAGAAGAGUCACGUCUUAGGGGUGAGUGAUAUAACUAGUUCUGAUGUGCAAAUACGUGAACUUAAGGGCAGAGUUCAGCAUUUAACUGAAGGAGAAAAGUAUCCAAAGCUUUUCAGUGACAAUAAGAAAAUCACAGAUGAACAGCACAAAGAUCAGUCAAAUACAUGUGGUCAAAACUUUCAAAAAAAUGUCUUUCAGUUAGAUCAUAAGCAUGCCGCUGCACUGGAUUUGGUCUGUGGUACAGAACACAUUCAUACAGGGCCGGGAGCUGUUGAAACAGAAUGUGUGCCAACCGGACAUUAUGAGGGACAAAACCAGUGUCUAGGGUUCUUUUCCUUGAAGACGGAAGAUAAGCCAAGGUCUGAACCUGUUAGAAGGGUCUCAGACCUUAAAAUAUCUACUGAUACUGAAUUUCUUAGUAUAAUGACUGCCAGCCAGGUUGUUCUUUUAUCUCAGAGGAGGUAUAAAGGACAAAAUUCUAGAAAUAAAGGGCCCAUAAGUGUGGAGAUUGAACCAAAGGCAAGUCAUGGGGAAAUAAGGGUAACUGAAGAUAAUUUGAUUCAGCCUAAUAAUGAUUUUGCAGGAGAUGAAAGUGGACAAAACCAAGCACAUUCCCUUGAACUCUUCAGUCCUAUUUGUCCUGAAACAAAAAGUGGUGACACUCACGUGAAGCCUGAUAAAGGUCUUGAAGAAAAUAUAGGAUCUCAGGAACUUUUCAAUUUUGAAGACAAAGUGCCCCCCAGUGAUGUAUGUAUUGAGUCCUAUUGCUCAGGAAUACUGUGUUCCCAACUAAAUACCUUCCACAAAAGUUCUACUAAAAGAAGUUGGACCUCUGAAGAUAAAUUGGGCCAUUCCAAAGCUCUGUCUAAAGCCUUCCAACCAUCCAAGAAAAUUAAGUUGGUUUCUGAUGCAAGAGAUCCUACUGCAGCAGUGGGCCAGAGGCAUGUGUCUAGUUUUAAGGGGAUUAAAAAGACAUCAUUAAUAAAAAAUUGUGAUUCUAAAGGUCGGAAGUAUAAUUGUUUAGUCAUGGUAUUAUCUCCAUGUCAUGUGAAAGAAAUAAAUAUAAAAUCUGGGCCAAAUUCUGGCUCUCAAGUGCCUUUAGCAAUGAUUGUGGUAACUGACCAAUCAGAAAUUAAGAAGAAGGUCGUUCUGUGGAGGACUGCAGCAUUUUGGGCACUUACAGUGUUUCUUGGAGAUAUAAUUUUGCUCACAGAUGUUACUGUUCAUGAAGAUCAUUGGGUUGGUGAGACAGUACUACAAUCAACUUUUACCAGUCAGUUAUUAAAUCUUGGGAGUUACCCGUCUGUCCAGGCUGAAGAAUAUUCCAAGAUAGUCAGUGAUGCUGUACUUCAAGACUUACUGACAUACGUGUCUUCAAAACAUUCCUAUCUCCGAGAUCUUCCUCAGAGGCAGCCUCAGAGAGUGAGCAGUAUAGAAUUUGUAGAAUUGGAGGAGCUGCAGCCGGACAUGUUAGUCCAUGCGGUGCUGAGGGUUGUUGAUAUCACUAUACUGACAGAGGCAUUAUACAGUUAUAGAGGACAGAAGCAAAGGAAAGUUAUGUUAACAGUGGAACAGGUCCAAGGUCAACAUUAUGUGCUUGUAUUAUGGGGUCCUGGAGCAGCCUGGUACCCUCAACUUCAAAGGAAAAAAGAUUAUAUUUGGGAAUUUAAAUAUCUUUUUGUUCAGCGCAAUUACAUCCUAGAAAGCUUAGAAUUGCAUACAACAUCUUGGUCAUCCUGUGAGUGCCUGUUUGAUGAUGAUAUAAGGGCGGUUAAAUUUAAAGCAAAAUUCCAAAAAAGCAUGCCCUCCUUUGUGAAGAUGUCAGAUUUGGCAACACACUUAGAGGAUAAGCGUUCAGGAGUGAUUCUAAUCAAAGCCCAGAUUUUAGAGCUAGUAAUACCUGUUACAGCAGCUCAGAAGAUAACUCUGAAUGCCCACAGCUCCCUGAGGAGCAUCUUCUCUUCCCUUCCUGACAUCGUAUAUACUGGCUGUGCAAAGUGCGGAUCAGAACUGGAAACUGAUGGGAAUAAGAUCUAUAAACAGUGCUACAGCUGCUUGCCCUUUACGAUGAAGAAGCUGUACUACAGGCCAGCUUUAAUGACCAUCACUGAUGGAGUACAUAAGGUGUGUGUCCAUGUAGGAUCAGAGCUGAUUGAGAAGAUGCUACUCAACAUUUCUCCUGACUGGCUCAGCAGAGUUGUCGCCCCUUCGUCAGAGGUCACGUACGGCAUGGUCGCCGCGGACCUGUUCCACGCGCUGCUGGCAGGCGGAGGGGCGCCUUGUGCGGUGAAGCUGCAGAGCCUCUUUGUGCUGGAUGAAAACAGCUUCCCCUUGCAGCAAGAGUUCUCCCUCCUGGAUGUCUAUCCGGACGGCACAAAGCCCGAGCCCAGUGCCCUUCUCUGAGGCCACGUGAGGAAAUCGCAGGUACUUCAAGGAGGACCGCUGGAAUGAUUUGCGUCUUGAAAUGAAUGUCUGGCAGGGCUUUUCCUUGGGUUUUGAAAAAAAAACAAAAUUUUUUUUUUUUUAACAAAGAGAAUUGUGUUCAAUAUAUAAAUUGAGAGUUUUUUUCAAAGAGAAUUCUGCGAGGUUUUCUGUUUGUUUUUUGGCCUUUUCCUUUCCUGCUUCUAGAGGAAGGCUCUAGCAAUAAGGGCAACAUGCAGCAGUGUCCUGGGAAUUAAAGGCUUGCUCUACGGGUCCCUGCGCCAUUCGAAAGCUAUACUAAGGCCACAGGACACAGAUGAAAGCCAUUUCCUUGGGAGUUGCUUUUCUGCCAUGCUUACAGACUCUCCGUGCUUUCCCUUAGUCCUGCUUGAAUAAACUGUCGAUGUGAAAUGAUUUCCUUGGUUAUAACCACACAUGAUAAUGGGUUAGUUUGCCUAAGCCUGUGUUUAGACAAGUUCAAGACAAGCAUGUCUAAGAAGAAGCAUUUGAAAAUGAAGGCAACAAGAUCCUGCUUCAACUCCUUUUAUAAACGGCGGAAGAGAGCCACGUUGCUAGUUCAUCUCUAGGAUCCGAUCACCUUACUGAACUGACAUAGUAACAAACACCCAUUUGUGCUCUCAUGGUUGUAGAAGGAGCUCGUGUCAAGUGGUCGUCACUGAUGAGGAGAUGGUGCUCGACCCGGACGUUUGCAGUACACUGAGGGUUAGUAGAGCGAUAAUACUGCUGGAAAAUAACUAAAUUCAUAAUUAAAUGAACCAGUUUGUUUUUCCGUGCAUGUACUUUUAAAAGUUCUUUUGGUUCAUUGAAAUUGUUUUCUCUAAUUCAGGGUUUGUUAGAUUUUUUUUUUAAAUUUGGCUUUUCUAAAAAUGAACCUCAGGGCUUUUGUGAUCCUCCCAGAAAUAAGAUGCAAAAAUGUGUGUGAGAGAGUGCACACAUACAGAAGCACAUCUUUCCGUGGAGGAGGUCAGUAGUUUUCAACAAAUCCUUGGAGGGAGCCUUGACCAAAAAAAAAAGGGGGGAGGGGGGGAGGGGAGGAACAGGUACUUUACUUGGUGAGUUAAUUCCUGGGAAAGUAAAGGGAUUAAAUGAAAUGAUUGCUAAGGUUUUAUCCAGCACCCAGUAAGGUGGGUACAAAAAGAGUUGUCCCCAUGUGUAACUGGAGAUAGUGGAAUUCAAACAACAAAACACUUGGCUCUCCCGGAUAAUUCAUGUGAUGGGGGAUGAGUCUCAAGCCCAGAGCUGAUGUCUUCUAAGCCAUGCUCUUUCAGUGAUAACCACAGUAGAAGCCAAUCCGGAGUUCCGAUAUAAAAUGCGCCCAGUCAGUGUAAGCCUACCGAGAGCACUAUUCUCUUAAACUUGCCCUUCCCCACUUUGUCCUCAAGAAUCUGCCUAAUCCUUUUAUCAACCAAAGCAUAGCUCCCUGGAGUAGAUGGAUCUUCACACCUUGUUGGGAAGAAGUCUUUAAGCCAUUUCAAGUGACACCAAGAACAGCAGGUCACACUAAUCUGCCUUCACAGAGUUGGGUACAUAGUUCAUGGGUUAACACAUAUUUCCAUGAACCCUUAUUUAAGCUGAAAAUGACUUCCUUAUGUCCUGAGGAAAUUAGCAUCUAUUUAAUUGGGAUCAGGGGAGCCACAGCUCCCAGGUAUAUUCCUUACCUGAGAUGUACAAGUAGUUGUAUUUAACCUACUCCAUAAAUGUUUAUAACAUUCACUUGGGUAGCCUAAGAAUGGCAGCCAGUCUAGCAUCUGUAUCUGGCAACCCCAUUGUAGACAUUUUAGGCAAAUCUAAUUUUUCAUCUUUGGACAGUCCAGCCGAGAGGGACAGUUCUCCCGUCUUCGAGAACCAUUCGUACUUGGUAUUAACCGACAGCUUCUCCAACAGCUGUUAGAAGCACUCACCUUUCUCCACACUAGUGACAUCUGUGCUAAAUCUCCUUUUAUAUCUUGGGGUGUAUUUUAAGGGGUGGGGUUUCUGAUCUUCAAGAGGUGUAACAAAAUUGGACACAUGAUUCACCCUGCAGACUUUUACUGAGAAUUCACUGUGGUCACGGAACUGGGAAUUUAAAGACAAAUAAGAAGGCCUGCUUUUAGUGAGUCCAUAGGCAAGCUGGUGAAGAAAUAUUUAAACAAGGGGCGCCUGGGUGGCUCUGUCGGUUAAGCGAUCAACUUCAGCUCAGGUCAUGAUCAUGUGGUCCAUGAGUUUGAGCCCUGUGUUGGGCUCUGUGUUGACAGCUCGGAGCCUGGAGCCUGGUUUGGAUUCUGUGUCUCCCUCUCUCUCUGCCCCUCCCCUGCUCAUGCUCUGUCUCUCUCUCAAAAAUAAAAAUUAAAAAAUUAAAAAAAGAGAAAUAUUUAAACAAAAGUUUAUCAGUGUGGAAAAGGCAAAAGAAGUCAUAGAAGGAUGGGUUUAUUUGGACUCUUGGUUGCAAAUGAUAAAAACCCAACUCACACUAGCUUGAGCAAAAACAAGGGGAAGAUUUACUGGCUCACAUAACUGGCUUAAAGCACAGUUGCAUCCGUUGGCUUAAAUUUUGUGAUCUGGUUACCCCAACCCACUAAUUCUUUCUUUUCCUUCCCUUCAGUUUUUCCCAUUGUUUCUUUCCUUGCCCUGUUCUCUCCUGCUCUCCCAUCCCAUAUUUCCUUUUCCCUUUCCUGUCCUUUCCCUCCUGUCAUCUUCCCCUUCUUUGUCUCUUCCUUCCUAUCUUUUUUUACUUUUAAGUUUAUUUAUGUAUUUUGAGAGAGAGAGGGAGACGAGGAGGGCAGAGAGAGAAUCCCAAACAGGCUCCACACUGUCAGCUCAGAGCCUGAUGUGGGGCUCAAACUCACAAACUGAGAUCAUGACCUGAGCCGAAAUCAAGAGUUGGUCACUUAACUGACUGAGCCACCCAGGCGCCCCUUCUGUCUUUCCUACCUAUCCACAUGGAGAAAAGAUGGCUGUAGGAAGCCCCAAACUUUCUUCUUUACAGAUGAGAGGAGUGCCUGGAUGGCUCAGUCGGUUAAGCUUCUGACUUCUGCUCACGUCAUGAUCUCCUGAUCUGCGAGUUGGAGUCCCAUAUCAGGCUCUGUGCUGACAGCUCAGAGCCUGGAGCCUGCUUUGGAUUCUGUGUUCCCACCUCCCUUCUGCCCCUCCCCCACUCAUGCUAUGUCUCACUCUGUCUCUCAAAAAUAAAUAAAUGUUAAAAAAAAAUACAGAAUGAGAGACUUUCUUUUUGUGAGUAUCCACAUAGCAAAUUUCAUGGAAGGACUCUGAAUCUCCCCCGGUAACCAGGGGUGGGUGGGACACUGGGUUUGAAAGAGCUAGAACCACAUAGGAUGAAAGAAGCCUUUCCUUAAUGGAAAGAGAGUUCUAGGCAGAUACAGACGUGUUGCUGCAAUGGAAGAUCCAAGAAGGCUUCAGAGGGAAAAUAUUUAACCUGCAUCUGUAAAUACGAGAUGUGUUCACCACGAAAAUGGUGCUGUGCGUAAAAUCGCAUGGCAUAUUUGGGAAACAGAAAGUCUUGAACAAAUUAAAAUGUCACUAUUUUAAAUGGCUGGAAUGAAUACACAGAAAAAUAACCUUAGGAAACCAACCAAAAAUAUAUUGGUAAUAUAUUAAUUACAUAUAACAUAAACUAAUUAAAUGUAACAUGAACUUAAAAAAUUUAAAUGUAGUAAUAUACUACUACAUAACAAUAAUAUAUAGUUCUAAAUAUAGUAAAAAUAAUCAUGCUUACAGAUAAAGCCAGAAACGUUUAUUUAUUCAAAGGAAAUGAUUUAAAAACCAUGAAGGAAAUAAAAGGGAGAUAAGAAUCCAUGAGACAUUAUACCAUAUUCCUGCUGUUUGAAAAGAUCUGAUAUGCAGAGUUGAUUCAGUGUUAACCAAAGUCCCUGAGGGAUGGCAUAUAGAAGUUGAUAAAUUGAUUUACAAAUUAGUUGAGAAGAAUAAAAAGGAAUGUAAACAUUCUAAAAACCAUUGAAUUGUACACUUUACAUGGGUGAAUUGUAUGGUUUGUGAAUUAUAUCUUUAUAAAGCUGUUAAGAAAAGAAUAGGCAGGAAAAAAAAUUUAAAGCUAAAACAAACAAAAAUAAAGUAAGCAAAACAAUGAAAAAGACCCAGGGUUUUGGUGUGUACAGUGUAUUAAGUGAAAAAUCACCUUAGGAAAUGGUACCAUAGGGGCGUCUGGGUGGCUCAGUCGGUUAAGCAUCUGACUCUUGGUUUUGGCUCAGGUCAUGACCUCACAUUUUGUAGGAUAGAGCCCCGUGUCAGGCUUUGCACUGAAAAUGAGUAAUUAAGACAUGAUGGUAUUAAUAUAAAGGUAAAGAUUCAUUAAUGUAGCAGAAGGAGCCCAGGAAUACACCCAAACAUAACAUGGAUGCUUGAUUUAUUCCCGAGGUGCUACCGCAGACUAGUGGGGAAAAGGAUAGUCUUUGCGAUACAUGGUGCUGGGGUAAUUUGGUAUCCUUAGGGAAAAAAAAAAAAAGAAAUUGAACCCCAAAUUAUAACUUAUACAAACAUCUAUUUCAGGUACAUUCUAUAUCGAAAUGUGAACGGAAAAAUAAUAAAAGCUUCUUGAAAAUAGUAUAGAAGAAUAUCUUCAUGUUCUCAAGGUAGGAAAAGGGUUAGAAGGUGGAGGAGGGGCAGUAAAGUAUCAUCUAAACUGAGAAGGCGCUUUGAGACCAGAAAAUGAAACAGGCAGCUCCAUACAGUUUACACAGUUUUAUUCAGGGUAACUUACUGAUGCGGGAAUUGGGCGGGUGAUGAUCAGAGCCGCACAGUGAUUCUCCCCAAGGUCCAGACCUUAGUCCACGAAUUUUCUAGAGUGAAAGGAUGUGCAGAGAGCACUGUGGUGAGGACAAAGGGUCUAACACUUAACAGAACUCGUACCACCAUCUGUGCCAGAAUGAGGCAGGGGCCGGGGUGGGGGUGGGGGGAGGUGGUUAGAAACUGUUAUCUCUGUUAGUUUUCUAAACAACUUCAGGGAAGACCAGAACAAGUCUUCCCACAUUCUGGUCGGGGCAUACUUUAACCUCCAAAGGGCUGAAUACGCAGCCCGAGAGAGGUCAUUGUGUGGACAGGAUGGAGGGCCGAGGUGGAGUCAGAAUUGUCAGCACUCCUACAGAAAGACUUCUUAAAAAGAGGACCAAAAACCAUCAAUAUAAAAGAUGGCUUCAAGGGGGGCCUGGGUCGCUCAGUCAGUUAAGCAACUGCCUCUCAGUUUUGGCUCAGGUCAUGAUGUCAUGACUGUGAAAUCGAGCUCUGCAUCAGGCUCUGCACUGGACUUGGGGCCUGCUUGAGAUUCUCUGUCUCUCUCUCUCUCUCUCUCCCCGUCUGCCCCUCCCCUGCUCUCUCUCUCUCUCAAAAAAAAUUGUUUAAUUUCACUACAUUAAAAUUAAAAACUUCUAUUUAUCAAAAGAAAGCCAUAAAACGGGAGGAAAUCAACCACAAAUAUAUUAGUAAUUAAAAAAAAAACCAGAAUGGGAGAAAAAAUUUGCAAUACAUCUAAUCAAAAUGAAUUCCUACAAAUCAAUAAGAAAACCACAAACAACCCAGUAGAAAAGCAGGUAAGAUCCAUGAGUCAGCACUUCAUAAAGGAGGAGACUCGAAAUGACAAAGUAACAUAUAAAACAUGUCCAGCCUCCUUCGCCAUCAGCAGAGUACAAGUUAAAUCCACAAUGAGGUACCUCUACAUACUAAAAGGAAUGACUAAAAUAAAAAGACUGACAAUACCAAGGAUACCAAGUGUUGGCAAGGAUGUGGGAGCGAUGGAAACUCACACUGUUGGUGAGAAUGUGAAUUGACUUUGGAGAACAGUCUGGCUUUAUCUACCAAAUUGGAAGAUAUGCAAACCCUAUGAUCCUGCAAGUCUACUUCUGAUUUUAUGCCCCCCACCAAAUACAUAAUGAAUUCAAAACAUAAUGUGGAGCGAAAGAAGCCAAAUACAAAGGAAUGUGUCCUUUCCAAUUCCUUAUAUAAAUUUUGUAACAAAACAAAACAAAAAAACCUGUAGCAUUUAAGGCUGCGUAGUCAGGUAGUAAAAGCAAAGAAGUGAUUUCCACAAAAACUAAGUUAGUGGUUAUUUUGGUGGGGCGGGAGAGGUGUGUUUGGGCGGGGGCACAAGGGAAGAUUCUGGGGAGGCUGGUUUACCAGUUACCAAUUUCCUAACCACUCCACAUCCAUCCUUACUUAAUACAUGCUCUGCAAUGAGUACGCUGCUGAACAGUAGAGGGCGCGAGAGGCACACUGCGGGAGGCAAGCGCUUUUCUUGCUAGUUCUAGUAGCUGUGCGUCAGUCACGAUAAGGGUGUGAGGACACUGGAUGGCGCUCUGCGCCUGCCACACGGCCCGAGCUCGCGGUCCUUAGGCCAGCCACAUUGAACCCAUGUCUGGCCUGUCAAUCAUGUUCCCAUGACCCUCCUGACCUCGAAACCAGAGCUUCAGCCCUCUCUCCACCUUCUGGAAAUUUGUCUCAUCAGGUUAGUUAAUCAGCAAACUCGUAAGAGCAUGUUAUCGAAACAAAGGGAAGACAAGAAUCAAAUCUGGUCACUUGCAGGAUUAUACAUUAGUGGAGAUGAGCACAUAAUUUACACAAAUGGAAGGGAAGGAGGGGGGAGAGGGAAGAAAGGAGGAAGGAAGGAGAGAGAAGAGAGGAAGAGAGAGAGGAGAGAAAGGGGGGGAGGGGAGGAAGAGGAAAGGGAGAAAAAGGAAAGGUGGAGAAAUGCAUAGCCUCACUAGCAGCUAAAGGUGCACGAACAGAAACGGCUUAUCUAAUAGGCACACAAAGGUCCUUUAACACGUCCCAGGCGGUGGGACUUGAUGGCACUUUGUGUUGCCUGGGUCUUUUUUGGGGUCUCUCUGGCAGUGUGUAACAGUGACACCAUUUCAGACAACUGGAAUCUGAUAGAAAUACCAGCUUCACCACUUCCUGGCUAUAGGGCCCUGAGAAAUGGCAACCCCUCCCUGAUGCUUGCAUUUAUCCUUGUUUUUAAAGUUUGUUUGUUUGUUUGUUUGUUUGUUUAUAUCCAUUAUGUUGAAACUAUGGGAUGUAAUCUGCAAACCACUUCAUCCUUUUUUUGUUUUUUCCCCAGUGACCCAUUCGAACCUGCUCGGCAGGUAGCUUCUCCCUGCCCUUUGGAUAAAAAUCUGGGGUGAGGCCCAUGACUUUUUUGAUCACUCUUAGAUAACAAUAAAUUUUUCCUGUAACUUCUGCUUAAAAAAAACCAAACAGGCUGUGUUCAGCGCUUAAAAUGUCCAAUCUCAUGUAGUCUGAAUUCCCAACUUCAUUUAGAGUUUGAGCUUCCCCUUCCCUCCUCCCCUCACCCUGGCUCCUGCCUGCAGGAGGCUGCCACAGGAAAUGGGCAGGUAGCACUGUUUUCCUGUUUCUCCAUCUUGUGCUUUCACAUCUUCCCCAAACUACUAACAGAGGCUCCUGGCUGUCCUAGCAGGGGCAGGGAAGGGGCACGGCCAGGAGGCCACUGAAGGGGCAGGAGAGGUUCUCCGUGACUGGUACGGUUAUGAGCUGCAGUACUCACGUGGGGACUUCAAGAGCCUCCUUGCCCUAUGGAUCCCUCACCUAAGGUCCCCUUGACCCAGGUUUGCCCCAGAGUGUGGGAUGGCACACAGCACCACCCCCAACCCCUUUAAAGGUCUUCAUUACAUUGUCUGGAAAUUAUACUUCCCAGACACUCUUAUGAACAGUGUUCCAGGUUGAGUUUGCCAAACGUGAGAUAAUUGGGUGAGACAAGAAACGGGCACCUGGGUGGCUCAGUCGGUUAAGUGUCCGACUUCGGCUCAGGUCAUGAUCUUGUGGUUCGUGAGUUCAAGCCCUGUGUCAGGCUCUGUGCUGACAGCUCAGAGCCUGGAGCCUGCUUCAGAUUCUGUGUCUCCCUCUCUGUCUCUGACCCUCCCCCGUUCAUGCUCUGUCUCUCUCUGUCUCAAAAAUAAACGUUAAAAAAAAAAGAGAGAGAGAAAGCAGAAAGAGGGUAAAAAUCAUCCUUUUCUUCCUUUGACUCUGAAACUUAGGCCAGCAAGAUGCUCCAAGCUCCUGCAAUAAUUUGGGCAAAAAAUGCUACAGUGAAAAAUCAGAAAAAAUGUAACUGGCAGAUGGCUGUGCAAAUUCUCGUCACUCAUCACUACAGGAUAGUGAGUGGGCAACAGCGGCCGAAAUAGAGGAUCUGAGGUUCUCGCCUUCACCGAGAGCACCUGUGCAGCCAAGCACAGGACCCUGGAGUUCCCCACUGCUAGAACAUAUCAGCAAAGUGCAUUGAAUUAUCACCCCAAUUCUUGACCCCUCUUGGCAGCUAUGUCCAAGGCUAUGUUGCUUACAGUUCCUCUCAUAAAAAGGCAUAGUUUGCCUCCCUGCCCUUUGAUUUUGAACUUUUGAACAUGCCUCAGCCAACAAGAUAUUAAGUAACAACACAAGCAGAAGAUAGAGAUGCGUUUGCCCUUCUGCCUUCUCCAGGAAAAGAACCCUCUCCUGGGUAGCUGCUGCCCCUUGGACUUGUGCUCAGAAUGAACAAACACAGAGCAGGCCUGGGUGAGGACCUGGAGCCAGGCAGACCUAUUGUUUGAAAGUGAGUUGCCUAAUCUAGAUUGGCUCACACUCAGCUGGCCAUAGAUGGAUGAGAAGUAAAUGCUCAUUCUCGUGUGACACUGAGAUGUCAUGAUUGUUUGUUAUGUGCCAUUACUGCAGAAACAGAGGACAUGAGUGGUGUUUCUCCUUUUGGCUUCGCCAGCCAUCCCAGGAACUGUGUAAUCAAGUUCCCUGUACAAACCAUUGAGAUGUUGUGAUUGUUUGUUAUGCACCAGUACUGCAAAAACAGCUAACUGAUACAAGCAGCUUCUCUCCUUUUAGCUACACCAGCCUUCCCAUGAACUGUGUAAUGAAAUUCCCUGUAUAAAAUCAGUCUUUGAAGAACAUUCAUUUUCUGGGAAUUCUGAGGAAAAAAAUUACUUUUCUGCUUGAGACAGAACGAUGUUCGUGGCAAGAACCCCUAGAAAAGCUGAAUAAAAUACAGAAAACCUCUUUUUAGUUACCGGGGAGCUGCUAAGUUGACAAGCAUUUGACAGGCCAUGAUCUCAUAAGAAGGAAAACACAAGGAGGUGAGCUGACAUUCUGUGAUCCACUUUUUCCUUCAGGAAACGUGCUGAUUCCUGUUAAGAGGCUGAGCAUUUGGCCAGAGAGCUGUGGCUAUGAGACAGAAAAGGCAGCUGAGUGUCUGGAGCUGGAGAGACAAGAAAUUGGAGAUUGGGGUCGCCAAUGCAGCUAGGACAGAAGGGGCCAAGAUGUUGAAUAGAAAGGAGGUAGAAAAGUAAUUCUGACACUUAACGGUUUUCCACUUUGAGGCAUUUGCUGAAUUAUGAAGCUGUGAAUUAAUUUAUGCAGAAAGCCUAUGGAAGAUGUCAGGUCCUUUCCUUUUCUUUCCUUUCCCUUCCCUUUCCCCUUCCCCUUCCCCUUUCCUUUCCUGUUGUUCCUUUUUCUUUUCUUUUCUUUUUUGUCUUUUCCUUUCUUUUCUCUCUUUUCUUUUCUCUUUUCUUCUCUUUCUUUUUGUUCUCUCUCUUUCUUUCUUUUCUUUCCCCUGCCUUCCUCCCUCCCUCCCUCCCUUCCUCCCUUCUUCCUUCCUUCCUUCCUUCCUUCCUUCCUUCCUUCCUUCCUUCCUUCCUUCCUUCCCUGAAAAUAGCAUGAUACUAGGGAGAUAAAAACUAGAGUUCAGGACCCACCAAGGAAGAGGGGCCCACUGAACACAACAGAGUCUCCUUUAGUGAUCCAAAUAGUACCCUUGGAAGACUACCCUCUAGAAAUGUGGGAAAACCAGAGGUGGUGAUAGAGCCUUACAAAAACUGUAACCCAGACUCCAGUGAGUUCAUUACAGGACUGGAUUAAGGUGACCUCUCCCCAUUCUGGCGGCCAGAGGAUAUAGUAAACCCUCUCUGGAGGAAUAAUGUCUCCUGGGGCUACUAUAAUUUCUCAUAAUGGUCAGUAUUUGACAGUAUAUUGCCAGGCAUACCAAGUAACAGGAAUAAAGGGAGAAAACAUACACAAUAAAACUGGCCCACUAAUGACACAGAUAUUGGUGUGACUGACAAAAUAGAGACUUUCAUCAAAGAACUGGAAUUAUUACAAAGUAUCAAAUGGAAAUUUAGAACUAAAAAAGUGCAGUAAUCGGAAUUAAGUACUCAGCAUAUAGGUUAACUACAAUUAGACUUAGUGGAACAAAAUUUAUUGAAAUGUAGGAGGGCAGUAUAAAAACUCUAAGCUGAAGCAGAGACAUAAAGAGAAUGGAAAAUACAGCAGAGUGCAUAGGAGUCCUGUGGGAACUGACAGAAAGAUCUAAUAUGUGUGUAAUUGGAGUCUCAGAAGAAGAGGAGGGGAAGAAUGGGGCAGAAAUCAUAUUUGAAGAAAUAUGGGAUGAGAAUUUCCCAAAACUGAUGAAGCUUUAUUACUCCCAAGGUGGGUAAAUAAAAAGAAAAUUGCUUGUAGGCACACCAGACUCAAGCUGCUGAAAACCAGCAACAGAAAAUAUUAAAAACAGCCAAGGGUGGGGAGGAGAGGGAGAUACAUUAGUUUCAGAGGAGAAACAAUAGCACUGAUAACUCACUUGUCAACAGAAACGAUGGAAGCAAGAAGACAACGCAUACCAUUUUUAAACUGCUGACAGAAAGACAAUGUCAGCCUAGAAUUCUACUUCCACAAAAAAUCCUUUAAAAAUGAAUUUGAAAUAGACGUUUCUACUCAAAACUAAGAAAAUUUGCUGUGAGCAGAUCUGCACAAAAAGAAAUACUAAAAAGAAAUCUUUAAGUAGGAGGAAAAUGAUCUCGGGUAGAAUCCCAGAAAUGUAGGAAAGAAUAAAAAGCAAAAGGAAGAACAACUAUGUGGGUCAAUAUAAAUGAAUAUUGACUGAACAUAGCAAUAAUAGUAAUGUCUUGCUAGGUGUAAAAUAUAUGUGGAAUUAAAAUGAAUCAUAUCAAUACCAUUAAAAAACAGGGGGAAAUAGAGAUUGAGUUUUCUAAGAUCAGAACAUUGUCUGGGAAGUGAUUAAAAGGUAAGAUUUGUCUUAGACUAUAAUAUACAAUAGAUAUAAGUUGUAAUCUCUAGGGGAACCACUAAAGGAAUAACGAACUGUGUAAGUAGCGACAUACAGAUGGGAAGUGGCAGGAUUAAAAAAUGAAUUAAUGCAGGAGCACCUGGGUGGCUCAGUGGGUUAAGUGUCCAACUCUUGAUUUUGGCUCAGGUCAUGAUCUCAUGGUUCAUGAGAUUGAGCCCCUCAUUGGGCUCUGUGCUGACAGUGAGAAGCCUGCUUGGGAUUCUCUCUCUCUCUCUCUCUCUCUCUCUCUCUCUCUCUCUCCCUCUCACUCUGGCCCUCCCCCCAUCAAAAUAUGUAAAUAAACUUUAAGAUUAAAAAAAAUGCAGUUACAAUAUGAAUUAAUACAAAAGAAGGCAACAAAGGAGAGAAAACAAAACAGGACAAAUGGGAAUAAAUAGCAGUAAUUACAUGUAAAUGAGCUAAAUACACAAAAGACAGAGGUUGAUAGACUUGAUUAUAUUCAAGAGAUAAUUAUGAGAACAUAAGAAAGUUGAAAAAUACGGGGAAAAAUGGAGUGUUAGAGCUGUUUCACAAUAAUACAUGGCCUAAUCCACCAGAAAAAACAACUGAAAAUGAAUAUGAGCCUAAUAACACAGCCUCAAAAUAUACAAAACAAAAAUUGAUAAAACUAAAAGAAGAAACAAACAAAUCCACAAUCACAGUGGGAGACUUUAACCUCUCUCCAUCAUGAAUAGAAAAUAUACCUUCCUCCCCCCAAAUCAGUAAAAAUAGAUGAUUUGACCAAUCUGAUUCAUAAACUUGACCUAAGAAUAACACAGGACACCUGCUCACACAGAAUACAGAUUUGUUUCAAGCGCAAGGACAUUGCAAUAAAAAAAAUUAUAGAAAAAUCUCUUAUGAACAUAAUUGCAAGAACACUUAAAAAUGUAAUAACAUGUCACCAGACAUUGUCCAUACCCAUAGAAUGUGCAUCAUCAAGAGUAAACCGUGAUGUGAACUGUGUUUCUUAGGUGAUUAUGAUGUAUCAAUAUAGGUUCAUCAGUUGUAACAAAGGUACCACUCUAGUGAGGGAUGGUGAUAAUGGGAGGAGGCUAUGGAUGUGUAUGAAAAAAAUCUCUGUAUUUUCCCCUCAAUUUUGCUGUGAACCUAAAACUGCUCUAAAAAUGUAAAGUCCUAAAAAAAAUAAUUUAAAAAAUGAUGUUGGUAUGUAAGGAUAUUAAAAAGUAAUUAAAAACAUAAUAGCAAAUAAAUCUAGAUUUUAAAGAAAUAA